AUGGCCAGAACCUGUAAGCAGCAACUGAGAGAUAAUCCAAGGGCUGGUGUUGAUGCAAGUUUAAAAAGAACAAAGACUAAGUAUGGGCUGGAAGUGCCAAAGACCAAGGCCUACAGGGCAAGAUCAUUGGCCAUUGAUGUGGUGGAAGGUGACAUGAAGGGACAAUACACAAGGUUUAGGGAUUAUCUUCAAGCUGUGCUUGAUACCAACCCUGGGAGCAGAUGCAUUGUGACUACCACAGAGCUUGAGCUCCAUCCUAGUCCAAAUCCUAGGUUCCACUACAUGUUCUACUGUCUGAGUGCUUCAAAAGAAGGUUUAGAUGGUUGCUUUAUCAAGCUUUCUACUGGGCAACAAAUACUUGCUGCCACUGGUAGGGAUGGGAAUAACAACAUAUUCCCUAUUGCAAUUGGUAUUGUGGAUAAGGAAGACAAGGAUAGUUGGACUUGGUUUCUUAGCCAAUUAAGAGCUUGCAUUGGAGAGGGGAACAAGUGGGGCACAUACACAAUCAUCUCUGAUAGACAGAAGGGGUUGUUGAAUGCAAUUCAAGCUGUGUUCCCACACUCACCUCAAAGAUAUUGUCUUAGACAUAUCUAUGCAAAUUUCCAGUUAGCAGGCUUCAGGAGUGAGGAGUUGAAGAAGCAUAUGGACAAUGCUGCAUAUUCAUACACCAAGAAUGGUUUUGAGGUUGCAAUGAAUGAACUGAAAAAGGAGGAUGAAGAUGCUUCAAAGUGGCUUUGUAAUAUCCCUAAAGAGACUUGGGCAAGGCAUGCUAUGGAUCACACAUACAAGACAGACCUAGUAGUCAACAAUCUUAGUGAAGUAUUUAACAAGAUGAUACUAGAUGUGAGGAACAAGCCAAUAAGGAGCUGUGUUGAUGGAUUCAGAACUAAGUUGAUGGUUAAGUACCAAGCAGUUAGAGAGAAGACAGAGAAGAGUAAGUGGGAGAUAACACCCACUUAUAUGGAGAAGUUUGAGGAGUCAAAGAAGUACUCUAGGCAUUGCACUGCAUACAUGGCAUGUCCUGGUAUUUGGCAAGUCACUAGUGGGGAGUGUACCUACUGCGUGAACCUUGGUAAGUGGACCUGUGACUGCAAGAAAUGGGACCUAUGUGGUUGGCCAUGUAACCAUGCAGUUUCUGCCAUUACAAGAGUGAAGGGACAGUCAGAAGACUAUGUGCAUGAGUUCUUCAAAAAACCAUUGUAUAAGGAAACAUACAAGCACAUCAUCUACCAUGUACCAGGGCCUGACUGUUGGCCUAGGACACCAACUGCUGACAUAGAUCCACCAGUGUUCAAAGAGAAGAAGGGCAGGAAGCAAACAACUAGGAGGAAGGGGCAAUUUGAGGUCCCAACAAAGAAGGAUACAUCAAGGAUGGCAACUAUCACCUGCAGCAACUGCAAGAUGCAGAAACAUAGGUACACCUACUGCCCUCAGCCCCUGAAGCCUCAUCUUCAGGAAAGAAAGGACAAGCACAAGGUUAUGAUGUGUGCUCUCUUAGACAACCAGAACUCACUACCAUGA